UGAAAAUGCCGCGCGCCGACACUGCCCGACACGCCCUUCCCGAAUGAUCGAAAACCCGCAGACAAAACUUCCUGCGAUUCUCAUGUGUAGAACGCCGUAAAAAUUCCACAAGAGAAACCAUUAUAGCUUACUCGAACGCAUAAUAGCGAACAGUGUGGUUCUGAGAUGUUGAGCCGUAUGCGAAAGUAAAGCUUGAGAAUCGACGGUGUUUCAGUAAACAAAUAUGGCUGCUCACCAGAAGCAGACCAGCAGCGGCGGCGGUCAUACACCUCGAAAGAAAGUUCAGGUGUCCUACGUCAUCCGAGAUGUGGUCGAGAGGCAGCACCGAUCUGGUGUCAACUCUCUCCAGUAUGACCCCCAACUUAACCGGCUUUAUUCUGCCGGCCGUGACUCGGUCAUCCGCACCUGGAACACGCGCAAUCUUGAGGACCCUUACGUUCAGUCCAUGGAGCAUCAUACAGAUUGGGUCAAUGAUAUUGUGCUCUGUUGCGGUGGCAAGAACUUGAUAUCCGCCUCUAGUGACACAACUGUCAAGGUUUGGAACGCAUACAAAGGUUUCUGCAUGUCCACACUCCGGACACACAGGGACUAUGUGAAAGCUCUAGCCUAUGCGAAAGACAGAGAGCGAGUUGCUUCAGCAGGUCUCGAUCGAGUGAUCUUCCUCUGGGAUGUCAAUGUCCUGACCGCCCUAACAGCGUCCAACAACACGGUGACCACAUCUUCACUGACAGACAAUAAGGACAGCAUCUACAGCCUGGCAAUGAAUCCACCAGGCACGGUGAUUGUUUCGGGAUCCACCGAGAAAGUGAUCCGUGUUUGGGACCCCAGGACAUGCCAGAAGAUGCCGAAGCUCAAGGGUCAUACAGACAAUGUCAAAGCGCUUGUUCUCAACCGGGAGGGCACUCAGUGUCUUUCUGGUAGCUCAGAUGGGACGAUUCGGCUAUGGUCGCUGGGACAGCAGCGGUGUGUGGCCACAAUACGAGUUCACGACGAAGGUGUCUGGGCACUGCAGGUGAAUGAAAGCUUCACGACAGUGUUCUCUGGUGGCCGGGAUCGCAAAAUAUUUAUGACUGACCUGAGGAACCCCGACAAUCGUGCGCUUGUCUGUGAGGAGACUGCACCAGUCCUCAAGAUGACGCUCUCCAGUGACACUUCAUCCUUGUGGGUUGCCACUACUGACUCUACCGUCAGAAACUGGCCUGUGAACAACCGGUGCUCCCAGCUGGACGACUACGACACCGACAUACUGGUGCCUCUCAGCCAGAAACCACAGACCAGCAUUAAAGGCAAUCCCAGCAUCAGGCAUUAUGCAGUCCUCAAUGACAAGCGCUAUGUCAUCACCAAAGACACAGCUGGCAACGUAGCUGUGUGGGAUGUCCUCCAUGCCUGUAAAGUAGAAGAUCUUGGUAUGGCUGACUUCGAGUCGGAGGUGAAGAAGCGGUUCAAGAUGGUCUUCGUUCCCAACUGGUUUUCUGUUGACCUCAAAAUGGGGAUGUUGUGCCUCCACUUGGAUGACCCAGACUGCUUUACCGCUUGGGUUUCCACGAAGGAAGCCGGCUUGGGCCCUCCUGAAGGUCCUGACCCCAAAAUCAACCUUGGAGCUCUAGUACUUCAGGCGUUGCUUGAACACUGGCCACCAUCUUACCUGCCUCCAGAACGACCUGAGAAUGGCACUGUUGUUGCCCCUACCAUGAAUGGUGGCGACAGGCAGAAACCUGGCAACAUGUAUUUCAGCAUGCCAGAUCAUACACCAGUGACUUUCAGUGAGGUUGGAGGCCGAACGCUGCUCAGGUUCCUAGUGGGGGAUGCCGGACGUGACGCGGAGGAGCUGCUGAUUAAUGAGACCAUUCCAUCAUGGGUGCAUGAUGUUGUGGUGUCUAAAAACGUGCCCCGGUUUCCCAAGAUCCCAUUUUCGCUGCUUCCACACAUUACGUCGGGUGUGAAACCACUUCGAAGCUCCGACUGCUAUGCGUCAUUACCGAGGCCUCAAACUUCGCAACAUGCUCGGAGGGAGCGCCUGUCAGCGAGUGACAUGAUACAGGUGCGAAAGGUGAUUGAGCAUGUCUACGAGAAAAUCAUGGGAGCGGGCUCGGACUCAAGUUCACAGACUCAAGACAGGAGUGGUGACUCCAACGGCACUACUGGCGCCGCCACGGACGAUGAGCGAGCUUCUAUUGCUGAGGAGAAGGUUGAACUGUUGUGCCAAGACCAGGUUCUCGAUCCAUCUAUGGAUCUGCGAACGGUUCGCCACUUUAUAUGGAAAAGCGGCGCAGACCUUGUGCUUCACUAUCGGCCAGUUAAGUGACACCGGCCGAUGGCGUGGAGCCUUCUCCUUCGCAAGAGCUGCCACCGUGCUGUCGGCACCAUAUUUCUGUGAUAGCCACCACUUCGCUUGGACCACAGGGGCCUAGUUGCCACCGGCUUCUUCCUAUUCCACCGCUCUUUCUGCACACGACCUCUUCCCAGUCACUGGGAGGUGGCUGUCUGCUCCUUCCCAGGUGGUCAUCUUCUCCACUCCAGGUGCCCUGCCGCCCAUCACCAUUGAUGUCAUGCCGUCAUCUUCGCUUUCUGCUCCCAUAACAGCUUGUUGCUGUGUAGUACACAGAGACAGUGACACUGAGCUUUCUUUCACUCUUUCCUGACGCCUUGGAAACGUCCAAGCAUGCCCAUCAAAUGUGUGGCUUGGCGUCUUGCACUGUGUUCAUGUGUUCAGAGAGAGCAGUAGUGAAACCUAACUGAAUGCAGGCACCUCUGCAGCAGCUAAAACACUGACGUCGGUAGCACUGGAAGCAAGCUUCUCACUCAUUUCCUCAUAUUUGGCAGUAGGGAAGCAACCUGCUUGGUUGUUUACUUAGUACUAUUGUCUAACAUCAAUGUUUCAUCGUGUGCCUGCACAAUGUGCAGCAUGUUUUGUGCUACUAGUCAUUCAUCAGUGGUAAGGAUGACCUCUAAAAAUCAGCCCAGCAUAAUGUUGCCUUGGAGUUUUGAAUUGGCAUUUUACAUUAUGCCAGAUGUUGUCAAAUUAAGUGAGCUCUUUGUUCACGAAAACAGAUUUUGAUAAAUUAAGAAUUGGGAUCCUUAUUUGAAUAUCAGUCUGAUAAAGUGUGCUUGGUAAUGUCUUGCAAUUUCGCAACAAUUUUCACUUUCAACGAGUCAGUAAAAAAAAAAAAAGAAGAAUCAGUUCACAGGUUCUUUUCUUUCUUUUAGCAAUAUCUAGCCUGCAAGUUAAAAAAAGAACAAAAAAGAAUUUGCAAAUUGCCUUUCAUUCUUUCAGGGCUGCAAACAAGUUUCAUAUGUGUCGUCACCUACCUAGAACAAAUGUAGUGCAGACUCAUUUUAUUCAACCGUUUCUUAUCUUUGCAAUAUAUUGCUGUUUGUGUUUCUGUUGCAUCUGCCUAGCAGUGAACCAUAGUUGUAAAUACCAUGCAAGCCCCUACUGCCAAGAAGUCCUGCAAGUGUGGUAAUCUCUGAAUUGCUGCUUCCUGGUGCUGUCUAGCACAUGUCCAUUACUGCAGAAGUCCAAGUUUUGAAAGCUGCUCCGUCAGUAGUCUUCGUGUAGCUCCACUGAUGCAGCAUGAACAGGCUUGUCAGCAAAUAUUGACAUCGUGUUUCACUCGAAAAUGGAUGGUAUGUGAGGCAAAUGUUGUAUUAGCAUUUGUAUGAUACUACAAAAGUGCUGGUAACUCAAAAAAGUAGUAAGAGCACCAUAGCCAAGCAGUCAGUUUAGAAAUAAGUUCAUCGCUGUAAGGCUAGCCUAUCCUUGAUGUGUUAACUGUAUUAAUGGGAAGUUACAAGAUGGUUGUUACGCUGAAAGAUAUGAAAGAAUGGGACCAUUGUGAUAUGCCGUGUUCUUGGGCCUGGAUAGCCUAUAUUGAUAGCAAUAGGGGUGCGGUGCACUGUGCAACAUGUUAUUGCUCUUCUUUGUAGUGUUUGACUUCUGACAGAAAAAAAAAGAACUAUUUUUGUUGUUAAUGGGGCUCACUUAAGAGGCAGCACACUGUGAGUUUUUACAUGGGGCUUUAAUCAUAAAGCCAUUUCUUUUUUUUAUGGAAUAUGAACUCAGACCAGUAAACCACUUCAACAGCUGACCACAUCGUAUGAGCUGUUUGCAACUAGCACGAACAACAGAAUAUUCAUAUGGCACUGCACAAAGUGCAGUCACAUAGGUCUGGUGUAGUUCUGCAAGUUUUGUGAGCUACAAAGUCAUUCUCAUUGCGAUUGUGAUCACCACAACAGUCACAUUAUAAGUGCUUCUCUUUUCUUGUUUUGCCUGAAAACUGCGAGACAUCAUCACAUGUGUUGACUGGCCGACUGGCUAGAGAAAAAGCAAUUGGCGUAAACAUUAUUGACCAUCUAUGAGAAUUCUGCAUGUUUGUACAUUGUACAUUUGCUGAUUUCGGUAGUCUUAUUUGUGACAGCCUUUAAUAGAAUGAUUCUAAUACAUUUGUUUUCCUGCUGAGAUGGGCCGUGCACGUCCUGUGCUUUGAGGUAUAGAACUCCUGAGAUGUAGUGUGUUUAUAAGUUGCCGCCCACACAUUCAUUGCUAUUGCAAUAUGAGAUGCAUCAGGGCUUGAUGAAACGACAGUGUUGUUCAUUUUAAGUCUCAAGUCAUGUCAGGAUCAUGCUUGCCUUGCCCAUAAAUGAGACGGAGCAAAAAGUCGAGUUAGUAUGUUCGACAUUUGGCAAGCAUGUCACUGAUUGCCAAAUGUGUUGUAAGCAAAGGUUUGAUGCAAGUUUUGGUGCUAUCCUGCAGUCAUGCAACGAAAUGAAUUAUAUAUGCAUACAUGUUAAAGGCACCAGUGGUUAAGUGGCCCUUGCAGUCACCUUACACAAGGAAAUGGUUUAACAUCCCGGUUCAAUCUAAUUGAUGUGCAACAUGUCAUCACAGUAGUAAUUGUGUUGUUGGCUUCAGGACUAAAGACAUCUUUGCUGAGCUUCAUGAGCUUGGUAGUCAAUGAUGUCAUUGUUGCAGUUCAUCAUUGAUGUCAUUGAUUAUUAAUAGAAAUGGCUGCCAUGCAUGAACAAUAAUAGGUCAUUGCCAGCUGUCAUCUGGGAUGAACAGAUGAGGACAUAAGAACACAGAAACACACACUGCAAUGCCUCCGUACGUGUUCCUCCGUGUUUGUGUCCUUUUCUGUUCUGCACUGCAGCCCAGGGAAUGCACAACUAACUUACCAACCUACUCAUGCUAUUUCAAAUAAGUUUGCUCAUUCCACUCGUAUCCUGGUAAAUAGCCAUGACUGGCAGAUUUCGUUACCUCCUUUCAAGUGUUUCGAUCAGUAGAUUGAAGGUGAUACAAAUUUGAUGCUUGUAUUGUCGAGGGCAUCAUAUGGUGUUUUACCCAAAUUCAGUGAGAAGUAAGCACAAUGUGGUCAGUUAGUCUUGUUACAUGCUCUACCAAAUGCUGAAAUUGGGUUGGCUUCAUGUGUGCAAAUCGGGCACAUCUUAAUAUCUUCACACUAUACCGACCACCAGACCUUGUGCAUUUUAAAAUUCUGCACGCUGACUUUUCCACAUGGCUGAAAUGCCGCUGCUAAGAAGGUUGUCGACUUUGCACUUGAAGGAAGGGAGGACUUACAAGCUGGGAAUGAGAACAGGGGAGUAUCAUUCGCAGACGGGUUUCAUGCUUUGUGUACACUUUUUUCAUGGACAUCAAGCCGCAAAGCAAUUAUUUCUACUCUAUAAAUACAAAGAGGUGUAAUAGAUUUUGGUAUUCUCGGCACUCUUUCGCCAUCCCUGGCCCUUGCGCCAAUAAAACCUGUGUAUCAUCAACAGUUUUUGGUCACGCUUUAUUAUUUAAGUACUGUCCUCAUAUCCCUGUCUGCCUCUUCCAAGCUUAUUUGUGCAUAAAAGUAGCGUGAGUGCACAACUAGAGAAUCAUGUUAUGAAUUCAAGUUAUGUUUAAAAAGCUGCUUGCACAGUUUUGCAUAUCAUCUAUUCAGGAUAAAUCUCCCACUGCCCCAGCAAUGUGGGGCAUGGCAGUGGUGUGUAGCCACUGCAGUCAUCUGGAGUGCUUUAAGGGCAAAGCAUGCACCAGGCAGAUACUGACCAUUUUUGGUUGCUAGCACAGGACUCGCCUUUGUAAACAUAUUUGAUUGAAAGUGUGCCCUGAACAGGGUUCCAAGCACCUUUAAGCACCUUUAGUUAGAUGGGUUGAACAGUAGAAACAAUAAAAAUACUUGUUGACACAUUGGAACACUUCAGAGAACUCCACGUUUCAUUAUUUAUUUGCCCCUGCAUGUUUGUUUAUGUGACCUGUAGAGUGUAUGUGGAGAGAAUGUGAGGGCCUGAGUGCCUGCACAGAGUUGACAUGCGUAGUCCAAGGCAUCUUGUGCACCGGUUCCACUUUGCACAGUUCACUUCUGUCCAAAUCCAAGAUGCAGAACUGCUGUAUGGCUGCUGAAACAACCUUGUGCAGGCAGCCAGUAUGCUAAUUGCAGACUUGUUGUAGCAGUGUAUUUUAGGUGUUUGUGGUUUACUACCGUAGUUUGUUGUGGAAAUUGCAUGUACAGGUUUGAGUUGAACCUCUUUAACACAUUUGAGUUAAGUUUUUGAUGUAAUUGUUCCUGUGAAAGCCGCUCUUGCUGUAAACAUACAGCGUCAGAGUAUGCAUGAAAGUUGAAUCCUCAGAGUAACAUGAAAACUGAACCAUGUGUACUUGACAGAUGAAUCAAGUGAUAUUUCCGACAUGAGCGGGAAGCCAAAUCAUGCAACCUGCUCUAUCUGCAUGAAAGCUGGAUGAUGCAAUGUGUACUAUAUGCGUGAAAGCCGAAUUGUGCAAUGUGUGCUGUGUUACCCAAGCAUUGUGUCACAGCAAUUUGUUAGCCACACAGUUGUUUUAGUGCACACAAAUUGCUUUCUUGUCUUUUUCAGCAAUUUUUCUGAACUGUGCGUCUAGAUUUUGCUUCUAAAAGUGCUGCCUAACUUGGACAUUUAUUGACAAAAUUUCUGAAACACUAUUUGGGUUGCCACAGUUAUUCUCGUUGUUGUACAGGGUGGUCAACAGUUAUGUGGCCCAGUAUUCCUUGGUUCCGGUGUUCAAUGACUACUGGUCAAAUGGUGUGUGCCACUGUAGUGUUGUCCUGUAUGUGUAAUUCUGCAUCCUCAGCAAUGUGAAAGUCUUUAGCCAUCGUGCUAGUCAUUCAUUCACCACUGCAUCUGCCCACAGCAGCAAUAAAUAAGAGCCUAUGAAUACUCAAAACUUACAAGUAACAAAUGAAAUAUUGUCCUAUUCGAUUUGUUUUAAGUAGUCACUAUCCUGAAGUAUGGAUAUUUUUGUAAUAACUUUUUUAUUUUUCAGAAUCGUCAAUUGUGCUCAGUCAAGCAUAAAAUAGGAGUAAAAGUAUGAUAAGUAUUGUCCCCACAGAUACAAUAGGCGUAAUGCGUGAGAAGUUACAUAGGGGACCAAGCGACGUUGCUCAGGAAGCCAGACUUUAACAGCUAAACCAUGUUCAUUCACACUCUCCAAAAUGUCCUGGGUAUGCUGGCAAACUACAUAUUUGUUCCGAAUGCCCUAUUAUUGCUUUUAAUAAGCAAGACUCCACAAUGUACAAUGUAAUGAUAGGAACUUCCUAACAUUAUUAACACUAGGAUGUGAAUAUUGUUUUAUAUAAACAGCUGUUCACUACUUGAGAACUAUUCUAAAAGUACUGUAUAUUUGAUUCUCUUCUUGCACGAGUAAAUUCAUGUUUAAUUCAGUUUGAAAUAUUACCAGGGCUAUUUUUUUAAGGGUCCGAUCAGUUGCAAAAUGAAAACCAUAGUGAAAAUCAAAACUACUUUAUUUGGAACAUUUAGAUACACUUUCCAGCUACUUCUCUGCAUAGUCGCCGCUCCACUUGAGACAUUCGUCAUAGCAUGGUACCGAGUAUCCUAUACCCUCGUCAUAGAAGGCAACUGGCUGUGCUUUCGGCCAAUUCUGUAUGCUGGUCUGCAGCUCGUUGUCUGAGUCAAACUCCUGUCCUCCUAGCCAGCAUUUCAUGUGAGCAAAGAGAUGGUAAUCGGAAGGAGCCAAGUCCGGGCUGUACGGUGGGUGAUCAAGCACUUCCCAUCGAAAAUGCUGCAGGAGCUUCUUUGUUGCAGCUGCACGGUGCAGCCGCACACUGUCAUGAAGAAGGACAAUGCCUGAUGACAACGUUCCUCUUCGCUUGUUCUUAAUUGCCUUUAGUAAACGUUCAAGAGUAAUGCUGUACGAGGCUGCAGUGAUGGUUGGGCCACAUUCCAUGUAUAACACCAAGAGAACACCAUUGCUGUCCCAAAACACAGUAGCCAUGCACUUCCUGCUUGAAAAGGUUCGCUUGAACUUCUUUGCUUUCGCAGAAUCAGAAUGCACCCACUGUUUGGAUUGCUCAUUUGUUCCUUCAGUUUUGAAACGGACCCAUGUCUUGUCCCUUGUGACGAUUUUGUUGAAAAAAUAUUCUUCAUCCUGUUAGCACUUGAGAAAAGUUAAGGCUGUGCCCAUUCGCUGCGUCUUGUGAUGGUCGGUCAGCAUCUUGGGAACCCACCAGAGUUCGCGGUACUGGAGUUUCUCAUCCACGAUGGUAGAGAGAGCUGACCAUGAAAUUUUUGGAAACUAAUCACUCAGCACAGAAAUUGAGAACCAAUGAUUUUCUCGAAUUGCCUGAUCCACUCGCUGAACAGGAUCAUCAGUUGACACUCGCUUCCUUCCCCACCCGCCUGCAUCAUUAAUGUCUGUGCGUCCUGCUUCAAAGUUCCUGCACCAUUGCCACACUUUGCUGUCACUCAUGAAAGUUGUACCAUACACAUUACUCAUGCUAUAAAUUUCGGCUUCAUUACACCCCUCAGCACGCAGAAAUCGAAUGACCGCACACACUUCAUACUUAGUGGGACACUCUAUUGUCCGAGGCAUGUUUUCAUGCUCACUGCGCACUCAGAAUUGACGACUGCAGCCUCAUGAAAUCGACGUGCAUACUAGAGACACUGCGCAACACGUCUGAGCACAGGGUCAUCGGAUUUUCACCGUGGUUAUCAUUUCACGAUCGAUCGGACUUUGAAAAAAAUAAAAAAAUAAUAACCCUUGUACUAUUCACACACCCCUAGCAAAAGCACAGCCCUAGCAUAGCCAUCUUGUACAAGCAUGUCAUAAGGCCCAUAUAAUACUUGCAUGAAAUAAGGACGCUGCAAAUGCAUAUGCAUGAGAGUACCACAGAACCUUACUGACACAUUCCUCACCAACACAUUUCUCUGUUUCAUAACACUGAUGAAGCCUAGUCCCUCUGUGACACUAGCAGCUUGUUUUCUCAAUGCAUUCCUUGGCUAAUACAUCCUAUUCGUGCAGUCUUAUAAAAGCAUUGUAGAGGGUUUCUGCUAUACAGAAUGCUUUUCUCUAGCUGCGCCAAAUUUUUGAAAAUUACUUAUUGCAGAUAGCACAAUCCUAAUCCUUGAUCUAAAUUACUCAAUCAGACGGCCAUUACUUCUAUGGGAAAUCAAAAUACUUAAAUAAUUAGCAUAACUAUGUUAGCGUGUUAAAUAUUAACAUUACGGCCACUAUUUCAAUCUACGAAAUGUAGCCGGUGAGUUUGCAAGGCGUAUUCACUUCGAACUAAUUCUCAGGAUUGCACCAGUUUCGAGACAUUAAAUUUCGAGUUGUCCAACAAAAUGUAUUGGUGUCCCAGUUACUUUUGUGCCUCAGUGCAUAAAAAAGCGUUUUUUUUUAAGAAUUAACUGCUAAUGCAUUUCGUCGGACAUUUUGAAAAUUAAUAUCUCGGAACUGGUGCAGUCUGGAGAAUUCGUUCCAUAUCCGCUUGUGGACAUGCUGACAGUGGUGAAUGACGAGAGUGGCAUGAAGGUUGCAGGCUCUUGCAACUUACAGCUGCUUACAGCUGCAGAUAGUGCGGACCUAUGCAUGCAACUGUAUCAAAUAUGUGCGAGCGAAGCUCAUCUGCACAUAGCAUGAAAAGUGACAGAGGAGUAUCUCACCGGGGGGAUGUUGCGCACAAUAGGCCUAUGAAAGGGAAUAUCUUGUCAAUAUUCAAAUGAGUACUGCAGAAGUGCAAGUUGUGGCAAAUGUGACUUGUUGAUGCAAUCUAAGUUCUGUUAAAUGAGAUGUCUGGCACUUCAUUUUACCUCAAGAGAAAGACUGAGAACAAAAUCAAUUGUUCCUUUUCAUAUUGGUUGACUGUGUACGUAUGUUUGUGUGCCAUAGCACGGCGUCCAUUUGCAACACUCAUCUGCGUAAUAAAAGAUGCUGCACUUCGCCGAUUUGUGCACACGUGUAAUUCAGAGGCGCAUGUCGAAGGUUUGGUCACAGCUUUAUCAUGUCGUGUUACUAGUCAGAGUGGGUGCAAAAUGGCGAGAACUGUGCUGUUUGUGCUGACAUGUGCCGUCACUUCCAGCAGCAUCUGUACUCGCUUUGAAAUAAAAUUAGAUUUUUAAUUUUU